AUGCUCCCCCUCUUCCUCCCGACGGCCCCCCUCCCCCUCUCGCGCGCGCGCGACGCCCGUCUCUGCUCGCACCGGCGCCGCCCCCCUCAGUGCUGCGCCCCGCCAGACGACGACCGCCCCAUCGGCGACCCAACCUGGAUGAAUCUCGCCCGCUCGCUGGGCGCCUCCGACUCCGAAUCCGACCCGCGGCGCCCCGCCCCCGUGUGGAAGCUGCCCGACGACCAGCCCCCGCUGCCCGCCGCCGACGCCGAGUCCGCCUGGGCUGCCUGGAACCACGCCGUCGCCAACGAGAGCCGCCAGCCCCCCGCCCCGCCGCGCGACCCGCAGAAGGAGACCGACUUCUGGCGCCAGGCCGCGCGCGACAUUCCGCAACCGCCCGUCGACGCUGCGGAUGCCGCCCAGGGUGCCGACAACGCAUACCAACCCAUCGAUCCCAACGCGUCGUCCACGGAGAUCUGGCGACAGGCCAGGGGAGUCACCGGCGAGAUGACCUCCCUGCAGCAUCGCCUGCGCUCGGACCUCGACAAUUUUAACCCGGACGAGAACACCGACCAGUACCGCGCCAUCGCGCGAGAGCUCGUCGGCCCGCCGGACGACCCGGCCGACGUGCCCGCUCCCGUCCGCCGCGCCUCGGACGUUGGAGAGCCCGCGACAGGCUCGGGCUCGGAUUCUAACCCGCCGCGCCAGGACGCGGAGCCCGGCUCGGGCUGGAACCCGGACGUCGACUGGAUGCGCUUCGAAGACCUGCGCCGUGACCAGGCCGGCAAAGCGGACGCCGAAGCCCGCCGCGAGGUGCUGCGUGACGCCCAGAAGGCCAAGGACGCCGCCCUCGACCGCCUGCCCGCCGCGCAGCAGGGCAUCACCUACACCGACGAGAGCGGCCGAGAGCUCACGCCGGAGGAGGUCGACCAGGCCCGCCGCGAGGGCGCCAUGUUCGUCGACGAGGCCGGCGAGCGCAUCGACGCCGCCAAGCCGUCGUCCAAGCCUGCACAGGCCCCCGCGUUUAUCGCAAACAAGUUCAAGGCCGGCGCCACUUACGGAGCGGGAUACGCCGGCAUCGAGGACGACGUCGAGGCCCUGCGCAAGGAGGGCAUCCCGCUCCGCGACCCCAAGGCCGACGCCGAGCGGUGGCGCUCCGCCGCCAAAGAGCUCAACAUCACGGCAGACGAUGACGACGACGUCACGCUAGGGGCGGGCGCUGCCGUCGCCGACGACGGUGUGUCCGACGCUAGUACAGACACGGGACUGCGCGAUGAGGCGCAGAGCGAGAAAGACUUCGACGAGUCUUCGUCGUGGUCGCAGUGGAGAGAGGGCGAGCAACGGUGGCAGCAGGCCGCGGAAACAUCUCCGCCACGCGAUCCCAAGGCAGAGGUGGAUAUGUGGCGGCCUAGCGCGCGCCAGCUCACGGGGGAGACGGAAACGGCGGCCGCAGACGAUGCGCAGGGCGCCGCCGAGGGGGAGAGCGAGGAAGGCAAUGUGUGGAAUAGCUGGAGAAGGGCCAAUGAAUCGUGGCAGUCGGCCGUUGAAGAGGCGGAUAAGGCCAGCGCUCAGAAUCAACCGGCGCAAAGCCCCCCGGGUUUGGCAGACGCGAAACCGGACUGGGGUGCCGGACUGGAUGGCAAGGCUAUGUCGGAGCGUACGGCGUGGGAAAACUGGGAAAGCUCCAAUGGCCGAGGCUUUCAGUCAGGCAGCUCCUUGUGGUGGCCGUCAUCGCCCAACUCAGCCGGGACAAAUGAGCGUGCGGAAAGAAGGUCGUCCUCCAGUAACGCGGAUCAGUGGCGCUCUGCGGCCGUCGAACUAGGAGGGUACAGUUCAGAUACAUCUCCGGACAAGGGCUCGUCAAGUGUUGAGAAGCUCCGCGCGCAGAAAAUGAAACGCGACUCCAACCUUAGUUUUUGGAAGGAUAUCGCGAAAGGGUUCACUCAGCCAAGUGCUGCAGCUGCCGGAGAUGGCCCGGAUCCGGAGGAGUAA